AUGAAGAAGGCUAUCGAAGAUACAUGGCCCGAGAGUAGACAUAGGCUAUGCAUGUGGCACAUCAUGGACAAGCUUUCUGCUAAGGUUGGUGCUACAAUCUGCAAUAAUAUAGAUUUCAAAAAGAGGCUGUGUGCCAUUGUGUGGACCGAUUCAAUUCUACCAGUUAAGUUUGAAAGUGAGUGGGCUACCAUAAUGAACGAUUUUAACUUGGUUGAUCAUGAGUGGCUGCAGUCACUUUACCAAAUCAGGGAUACUUGGAUACCAGCUUAUUAUCGUGAGGAGGUCAUGUCCGGGCUUAUGCGUACCUCUUCUCGUUCAGAUAGCGAGAACCAUUUCUUUGGACAGUUCUGUAACCCGGGUUGCACACUUGUCGAAUUUCUCGGGCAUUUUGAUUCUGCUAUUGAAGCUCAGAGACAUGAGCACAGGAAGAAUGACCAUGACACCAGAAAUACAAACGCUGAAAUAUGGGCUGAAGACUUUGUUUUGGAGGAUCAAGCGUACAGGAUAUACACACGCACUAUAUUUUUUGACCAGCAGUUGGAGAUACAAAACGGUAUACACAGAUGUGCAAUCGGAAAGUGGGAAAAUAUGGGUGACUUCGUUAACUUUUUUGUGAAGGACUGGGAACAACCAUGCACUACUUUCUUCGAGGUUAUGAUGCGGGAGGACGACAUAACUGUGUAUUGUACAUGCAAAAGAUUUGAACAGUUUGGGUUGUUGUGCUCACACAUCUUUUGUGUGCUAAGGAUGCUUGACAUUAGGGAGUUUCCACAACGCUAUAUAUUACGACGUUGGACUCGGGAGGCUGUUCCAAAUAGUGCCCCUGGUGCUAUUCUAGGUAUCAAUGAGACUGAGGAUCGUUAUAAUGAAGUUAACCGUGUUGUACGUGAGAUCACAUAUUCUACAGAGUCGGUUAUUAAUCAGCUUGUCACCAACUUUGAUGCGCUAUGCUCGUUCAGGGACCAUGUUGUUAAUUAUUUCAAAACUGCGGAUGAGUCUGUCGUCAAUGCUCCACCUAAGAGCCGUCGUGAAAGGUUUGCCGAAAUUACUUGUAACACAAAACCAUCAGAAGCAACCGUUCGUGUUCCCAUUGGAACAAGAUUCAAAGGUAUGGGUAAGCCUAAACGGAUGAAGUCCAAACGUGAAAUUGCAUUAAGUCAGUUGGGUAAAAAGAGCCGUCAAUGUCAAAACUGUUUUAGAUACGGUCAUAACAGACGUACUUGCAAAAACCCUACCCGGACUAAAGAACAAGCUAUGGCCGAGGAUGACGGUGAAGAAGCUGAUGAAGUUGACGAGGAGGAAGAUGAAUGGGAGGAAGUUGAAGAAGAUAUGGAUGAACAAGAUGAGGAUGCAUUAGACGAGGAGGAUGGGGAAGAGGAGUUGUAA